UCCAAUUUCAUAUCAACACCUCAAUUGAUCUCUCUCAACUACCGCACUAAUGGAUUCGGAGAAAAAAGAUACAGCAACAAUUACUAUUGAAGAGCCCAAGAGUGAAACUAAAGGGAAGGGUAUUGCUGCCCCUAUUCUACUCACUGCUAAAACUGCCCUAAAGAAGCCUAAAGGAGGGUGGAAAAAGGGUGUAGCCAUUUUUGACUUUGUUGUCAGGCUAUGUGCCAUAGCCACUGGUUUAGCUGCCACCGCCAUUAUGGGGACUACUGAGCAAACUCUUCCUUUUUUCACUCAAUUCUUUCAGUUCCACGCUGAAUAUAACGAUCUCCCUACUUUCAUGUUUUUUGUUUUUGCAAAUGGCAUAGCAAGCGGCUACCUUAUACUCUCUUUACCUUUCUCAAUAGUCUGCAUUGUCCGCCCUCUCGCAACAGUAGCCAGGCUUCUCCUCAUCAUCUUUGACACAGUGGUGAUGGCUCUGACAGUUUCGGCUGCUUCUUCUGCGGCUGCCAUAGUGUACUUAGCACACAAUGGAAACGCAGAGUCCAACUGGAAUGCAAUAUGUCAACAGUUUACCGACUUCUGCCAGCAGACAAGCACCGCCGUGGUGGCUUCUUUCCUAACCGCAGCUAUGUUGGCGUUGCUCAUUCUGCUGUCUGCAUUUGCUCUCAAAAGGAACUGAUUUUGUUUUUUGUUUUUACUGUGUUGUUAAGUAAUAGAAAUUACUAAAAGAAACAAAAAACUGUGUGCCUUGUAAGUGUUUUCCGUUGCAUUUAUAUGAAAUUGGUUUAAGUUGGUGUAA